CUUUGGGAUCUUUUCUAACAUCGAACUUGAAGUCUACCUAGAGUAACGACUAAUUGGCCAUACAUACUAGAACACCUGCUUCAGAAGGACCUUGUGUCAACUAUCUCACUUUGUAUCGUUUUGCUUUCAUUUACAGAGACAACAAACUGAUGAGAAAUGCAGUGGCUAUCAUUUUUGAUAUACUGCGGAUUCGUCCUAGCGAUCACUGAUGGAACAAUGUUCUUGGAACGAGGCAGCAGAGGGAUCGUGCCCUGUCCUCUCGUCGAAUCUCGCCAAAUCUCCCGAAAACACAUCGACGCAAUGUACUGGUACUAUGAUUCAACCAGCAGGACAUCCCUGCUCAUCUCGUACUUCUUGGGAAGAGUGGCUCCCCAAAACGGGAUCCCAGAGGGCGUCUAUGAUAUCGACAGUGAGUUCAGUCUCGUCAUUGAGAACGUCACCGCCUCCAAUGAGGGAACCUACUUUUGGAAGUUGAAACCACAUUUGGAGAUAGAAGAGGGACAAGUUGAAGUUUGUGUCAAGGUUUCCCCAAGACGUCCGUAUCCUACCGUCAUCGGCUGCAAUCAAGACCACGACGCAGACACGUGUGAGAUGAGAGUACGACACGACAGCACGGUGCAUAACCUGACCUGCGUCAUGGAGCAGGUCAAACCUGCAGUUGAACUGAGAUGGCUCCACCUAUUUUUGGGCGGGAAGACGGAACUCAAGGCCUCCACAUCAGUCUGGCCUGAAGUUCUACCCACCUACACUGGGGCGUCGUUGAGGAGCAACACCUAUUCGACUUCAGCAUCAGUCCAAGUGACAACAGUUGAUGGCGAUAAUGAAGCAUUUGUGUGUGAGGCAAUAGGGAUUGCUGUUGGUAAAGGCGCCCACAUGAGAGUACGCUUUACUAAAGCUCAUCACAACAUAGUGUCUCGUGAGGAAGUUCAGUCCGACAAUCCAGGAACAACGCUUGUUUGGGCUGACGAAGUAUCACCAAUUGCCUGCAAACCUGCUCAGAAUACCGUUCCUGGGAUUGCGCUAGGGGUUGCGUUUAUAUUCUCAUUUAUCUUCAUUGCCAUUCUGUGCAUCCUUGUGCCACAUGAUAAUGGUCGCCUUGUGGUCAUGCAGUGCUUCUUCUCCCACAGUCCUGACCCAAUUAAUGUCAAACUUGGUCAGUUACAUCUGUGGAACAAGCCUCAUAUUAGUUGUUCACAGAACAUGGCCAAUGGUCAACUAAUGGUCAGGAGGGGUCAUUUCUUCAACUGA